AAAAUACACAUUAUUUCUUUAAUUUCAGCACCGUAACAUAAUAUAAUAUUAAAUCUGAUAUAAAUCUAGUAUUUCUACAAGUUUGAAGUCAUUACGUAACAUAUUAAACGUUAUCUGUCAGAAAACGCGUUUGUUGUUUUUUAACCACGGAAAUACAGCUCUGUAAUGGCGGGCGCUCGUCGAAGUGAUUUCUUUCGGUUUUAAUUUUUGGACUAUGUUUCUUUGAUAUUAACAAUCAUGAGGCAGUUAGAUUUGUGCCGGUGUUGCCUCGCAGUGGGUUGUGACAAAGAUAUUUCUGAGGAAUACGAAGAGGAUGGACGCAAGGAAGUCUAUUCCGAUAUGUUGCUUGAUACGUUCAAUAUUUUUAUAUCAUAUGAAGAUGUGGGCGGCAAGUGUCAGAUCUGCGAGGACUGUAUAUUACGGCUGCGAGAGGCGGCCUCCUUCAAGGCUCAAGUCAUAGAAGCGGGGAAGGCUAUCACGCAGAAACUGAAGAACACAAGGAUGGAGUCAGACGGUGAUGAAGAGAUGACAGCAGAGGGAAACAUAAAGAUGGAGGUGAGCGAGGACGUGGAGCUCUCCUACGAGGACUUCGACUUCACGCAGUUCACUGCAGGCAAUGACGAUGACGAGAUCUAUAUAAUAAAGCUGGAGGAUGGGUCCUGCGUGGCCGGAGGCGGAGAUGAGAUCAGUGCCCUCGCUGACAACCUCCGUCAGAACGAGCUCACCAGGGGCUUGCUGGGCCCCGAGCAGUCUGUUAAGAGCCCUAAACACAAAGUUGUUCCAAAGCCGAAAAAAGAGAAGGCAAAGAAGACCCAAACAGAAGUAACGCAGCGCCACCUCGACAUGCGCGCCAACUCCCUCAAACUCGUCCGGAACUCCAACAUGUGUCUGUUCAAAGCCGGCCGGGGCAAGUUCACCUGUUUCUACUGCUUCGAGUCCUACCCCGACAUGGCACAACUCAGAGAACACUCGAAAACCCACUCUCAUACCAAGGAAUUAGUGAUCAAAAUCAAUCCGGUCUCUCAUCUAUGCUACAAAAAGGCUGAUAUAUCAUCGUUGCACUGCGCUAGGUGUCUAGAACCCUGCGAAAGCAUCGAAGCGCUUCAAGAGCAUUUGACAAUCAUUCACAAUUUCACUUUCACCGAUGAUGGACAUCUAUUAAUACCAUUUAAAUUAGAUAACGGUUACUACUGUGCUAUAUGUAAUAUAUUAUGUAAUACUUUUGCAUUUUUGAGCAUGCAUAUGAACUCUCACUUCCCUAACUACGUCUGCGAGACGUGCGGAGCUGCGUAUAUAAAUUUCAAAAACUUAGAUGUACAUAGGCGAGUUGUACAUUUGCGCAAAUGCAAGAAAUGCUUACAAGACAAAUGUACUUGUAAAGAACUCAAAUUAGGUGGCAGACACAAUUCUCGUAUGUGUUUAGAAUGUAACAUAACAUUUAAAUAUUCAUAUCUAUAUAAAGAGCAUAAUUAUCAAGUACAUGGUGCGAAACGACCUAUAGCGACAUGUAAUAUUUGUGAUAAAACGUUUCUAACCCCGAAUAACCUAAAACUACAUAUCCGUAGAAUACAUAAUGCAGAGAGGAACCAUGUAUGUAGAGUAUGUGAUAUGAGUUUCUUCACAGCGCACGGUAUGAGGAAGCAUAUAAGACGAACGCAUACUGAUGUUGAAAUAAAACCAUACUCGUGCGACUACUGCGCGUGCAAGUUCAAGAUGAAAUAUUCGUUGAGCAAGCAUUUGAAGAAUCGCCACGGACGACGGAUGGACGGGAGGCUGUUUAAUGAUGUCGGGCUGACGUUGGAGGUGAUGCAAGGACAAUAAUAUUGAUAAAUCAGGAGGGUUCACACUACUAGAUACACUUUUCUUUUUCUUCCGGCUUACUAAAAUACACUUUAAAUGUAGUUGGAAACUGUCAAAGGUAUAUAUAGAUGGCGCCAGCAUAGGUUGUCUCUAGUUUUGUUCUAUCAGAUUUGGCUUAGAGGGUCCAGGCUAUAAAGUUAAAAAAAUACAAGAAUUUGACAUUAUUUGUUGGACUGAUAGGUAAAACCUAUGCUGGCGCCGCCAUCUGUAUAAUACUUCGAUCGGCCAACCCCAGUUGUUUGAACAAGAGACUUGAUAAAUAUUGUUAAUUAUAGUAAACUGAUCGUAA